UGCUCGGCCGCGGGCAGGGGCUGUCAUUGAACCAAUGGCGAGUGUUUUUGUUAGUGUAAUUGUAUUUAUAAUAAAUCUGAAAUUUUAAAAUGUAGCAAAUACCAUUGUUUUAAAAUGCACAAUAAUAAUUACUUUUCAACGAUACGAUUUGGCAAAAAUGAGACCCUGCAACUCACGAUAUAAGAAACAAUUGCUGCUUCAGGUUGCCAAGCGUCGGCAGUGGAGAAGUUUCAAGUUUAGUACAAAAUGUAGAUGAAAGCACUGCACGCAGGCAGUAUUGUCUGGUGGGACUCGCUGAUUGCCGCGCUGCCAGUUGCAUGCUGUUGGCAUGCAGAACUCACAUGUCCUGCAUCCAGCCAUACAGAAUGAGCGUCAGUACUUGUACUCAUUGGUUGACGAUAAAGAAGAAAACACCUCAAAAAUGGACAAAAAUGAAGGGAAGGAUAACGUGACAACAAACGGCGACUUGGACGAGACAUCAAGUGAUGUUUUAGUUACAUGGAGUCAGCCUAACUCUUUGUGGGCGGACUGGCAACUGCCUGUGUUCGUGGUCCUGUUUGCUUCCAUCGGUCUUCUGACCAUCACAUUCAUUAUCCUCUUGUGGGUGAAAAACCAAUUAUUGUCAAGCAAGAAGAGUGGUGGGAACAUUGCAUCCACAACUUCGUGCACUGGUCAUCAGCAAUGGAUAUCGCAUCCAGUGUUGAACCCACUCUGUGAUUCAGCGGGCAUCCAGCCUUGUAAAUAUUCAACCCUUCCUGAAGUAAUGACACGUCAAGAAAUUUCAUCAGAGAAACCAAUUCGAAUCAAAACAAAAGGUUUGUUGGAACGACGUGGAUCGAGUGCAAGCCUCACGAUUGAUCUGCACCACAGCCAAGAAAAUUUGUCCACUGUGAUCACACCUACCAGGGAGUGCUCCACGGAAGAAUAUCUGCUCUCUGCUGGAAACGUCCUCAGCCGAGGUCAGUUGCGGUCAGUUUUGCACGACAUCCAGGCUCUGCACAAGGAAUUCUGGGACGUCCCUCCAAACAGUCUCGACAAAGCAGUUGUGACUGGCAGUGGACGUAAGAACAGGUAUCGCACCGUCAUACCAAAUGAAAAGACACGCGUCCACUUGCCGACAGCUGACGCUGAUGAUGAACUGUCGGGCUACAUAAACGCAAAUUACAUGCGUGGCUAUGAUGCUGAAGAUAAAGCCUACAUUGCCACUCAAGGGCCUCUGCAUCAUACAGUAGUUGACUUUUGGUUGAUGGUUUGGUCAGAACAUUCACCUGCCAUUGUGAUGAUAACCAAUCUGUGGGAACAAGGGAAACCUAAGUGCGAGCAAUAUUUCCCGAUGGGCACCGGUGAAACGGAUACCAAAGAAAACAACAUGGGGUUGUAUGGCGACAUCACUGUUGUUGUAAAGCAUGUGGUGCAGAGAGACGGAUAUGCCAUACGCCAUCUCUUUCUUCAGCGAGGAGACGAGACGGCUCGCGUGUGCCACUUCUGGUUCGACUCGUGGCCGGACCACAAGGUGCCGGCGGACGCCAGCAGUCUGCUGGCCCUGGCCUCCGAGGUGGAGGGACUCCGACGGAACAGCUGUGAGGACCAGCCGGGACCCGUGGUGGUGCACUGCAGCGCCGGCAUCGGGCGCUCGGGCUGCUUCAUCGCGCUCUGCAUCGGCAUGAACCAGCUCCUUCGAGAGAACAAUGUCGACAUCUUGGGAAUUGUCUGCCAGAUGAGAUACGACAGAGGAGGGAUGAUACAGACUGCUGAGCAGUAUGAAUUUAUUCAUCAAGCACUAAGUUUGUUUGAACUCUCUCUGCCUGACCAGUCUGGGGAAUUAACUGAAGUUCAUCUGUCUCAAGAUGGGUCGAACUAACAUACUUGGUGUAUGUGUAAACAUUCGUGAAACAUGGAGACUUUCUGAAAAGGUUGUAUGUAAGAUUGUGGUGUUAGAUCCUUGCUGGUAAGUCAGUGUAAUAGGAGUGUGUUCAGUAGUAAGGAGACUAAGGUUUUUCCAUUCCUGCUUACUCUAGCUAGUCAAUUGAUUAAAUUGCUUUUGUGACUAUGUUGGUCCAUAGCAAUUGUGAAAAAUAGAACUUCAGUACUGCAGGAAUAUCUUGUUACAUAAUGAUAUUCAUCAUGUGUAAAAAAAAAAAAGUAUCUUAUUCUAAAUUGAAAUAUGGGUAACUGUGUAGUUAUAAAACUACCUAAUUAUGUUCUAAAUAUUUUUUCAUAGGCUCAUAUUUAAAAGUCACUAAUUGUCAUGUUUCAAAACAAAAUUGAACACAUGGAUGAUGUGUGUUUGUGUGUGUGUUUGAUUGUACAUGUGCGCUUAAAAAUCAUUUAUUUUUAAUAUUUUACAUUAUUUUACAUUUUCAAUUCUGUAUUUCCAUGUAAAAUAUUUGUUGUUUUGUAGGAUUUUUUUUAGUGCUAAUCAUGGUUUAUGAACACUAGGAGUCAAGAUCAUGUGUUAGUAUAAAUUUGUAACUGUUAGCAUUUAUUCAUUUAUUUUAGUUCAUUAUUUUAUCUUAUAUUAUUAAUAAUAAGAUAAUUUACAUUGAAUUGCGUACAUAGUUUUUCUUAAUGCAUUUUGUAAAUACAAUUAAUUUUCUGGUGUAUUCCUAAAACUUUUUUUUUAAAUAAGCAGAAAUUACUUGAUAUUUUUGUUGGUGACACUAUAUGAAGCAGAGUUUACUACCAAAGUAAAUUAAUUUUCUAAUUUAUAAAAAAAUAAAUCAAAUACAGCUGUCUUUCCUGCCUACUCUUAGCUGCACUCUGUGUUGAAAUGAAUUACUAUUUCACCCUAUUGAGAUAAAGUGAGUGCAGUGCAACGCAGUGAGAUGCGUGGUAGAUAUUUGAAAAAACUAUUAUGCACAGUACAGAUGGAAAGAUGUGUAAUUUCUAGUCACAGUAUGAGAGUUGAUGGUACAAUGAUUUGAGUUCUAAUAAAAUUCUUAGUUAUUAUGUGCCUGCAUCUAUAAUUAUAUUUAUACAUUACUAAGAUAAGUGUAGCAGCACAGACAUUGCACAAAAAAAAAACACUAGCAUUGUAAGCGUGAUGUCAGCAUGAUGUGGAAAAAAAAAGUUUUGUACAUUUGACAUUGUGCUAUGAAUGUAGUUAUCUUCUACAUGAAUAGCUCAAAAAUAGAAAACUCGACAGAAGAGGGCUGUCAAGGCAUUGGCGGCCUUAACAACAAAUUGUUGUGCCUGUUAACACACUUUGAACCUAUACAGGAUGCACAUUUCAAUUUAAAAUAGGACUUGCGUAGAGGAUUCUUCUGUGGAGCAUGAGACAUUAACAACAUUUUAGAUUUUUUAUUCCACAAGCCAUGCUUCAUAAUUGGUAGAUUUAAAAAAGAUCAGAUAUCACGACUAUACUCUGUUGAAACAUUUUCACUGAUCUCUUAGUGUGUAUGUUCUAUUUAUUAUUAUUCAAGUGGGGUAUACUAGUUGCCAUUUUAUUUUUGGAUCCCGCAUGUUCUGGAAUGCGUUGUGCCGUAGGUUCCAAGCUUGUGAUGUCUAUAUUUAGAUUACUUAUUGCAACUAUCAUCAUGAAUUAAAGUAACUUUAAACUUUUACUGCUUCAUUUAAAGAUGCAUUUUAAUCAACUUUUUAUUUUCCUAUCCAAAUGUAGGAAUUGCUGAAAAUUGGCUUCUGUAACACAUUAGAAGCAAUUGGUUACAUAACAUAUUAUUGUGAGUGGUAAAUUGUUAUAAGUUUUAUUCAAAGGAUUAAAAAAUUUAUGAUGUUUACAAAGGUUGGUUGUUAUAUUAUUUUUCAUUUUUGAUGCAUGUUGGAAAUAGAAUAUGCAUUUCAUUAAUUGUUUCAUUAAAAUUAAGAUUUCAGUCACCAGGCUGUCACAAAUGUUGUAUUUUAAUAUUCCUCUAAUGGAAAACUUGCAUUUAAAAUUGUAUUUUCUUUUGUAUGUUGAUUUAUGUAGGCUGUCAAAUUGUAAAUAAAAUUUGUGUACAAUUCUUUUAA